UUUUCAACUCAAACUUUAUCACAUAAUUUUUCAUUAUUUGCUUAAGUUGUUUAUUUUAUUUUGUAUCUAAAGUUUCUUUUGAAGCAUUUAAUUGAAGAGAAAUUAUGGGUCAUUUGUGGACUUUGAUCACUAGUCUUCAUACUCUUGCUGGGCCUGUGAUGAUGUUGAUCUAUCCUCUGUAUGCAUCAAUAGUAGCUCUAGAGAGUACAUCUAAAUUGGAUGAUGAACAAUGGCUUGCUUAUUGGAUUCUAUAUUCUUUUCUUACACUUGUGGAGAUGCUAUUUCAACCCAUUCUUAAUUGGAUACCAAUAUGGUAUGAUGUGAAGUUGAUUGGUGUGGCAUGGCUAGUUUUGCCACAAUUUAGAGGAGCUACUUUUAUAUAUGAGACUUAUGUUAGAGAAAAAUUAAUAAUGAACAAAUAUGGAGAUCAAGGAAAGUCAAAAAAGAAAUCUGUUCACUUCAUGACUCCAGAGAAGGGGGAGGAUGAAGCUUACGACUGAAAGGAAAAUACGAGAAAUGCAGACCAUUACUCAGUGCACAAAUCUAACCGGUUUGAUCGAGAUAGAUUCAAGAUUUAUAAAUUACAAGUUAAUUUAAGUUUAUUAUACGUACAUAUUCGGUGAAUUUUUAAUAAAUAUAAGAGUUUCCACCAUACUUUUUCAUACUAUUACGAUCAGUUAUUUCAAAUCUCUACUGUUUGCUUCA